UAAAACGUGAUCACCUGGUUUCGGGGCGCUCGCGCCGACAGGUGAGCUGUGCACGUGGGCGAGCGUCAUGGCCGCUGCCGAGACCCUAAAGAAGGUCUUUCGGUUCAAACUUAAGUUACAAUCUGCAGAUGUGGACACGGUCCUGAAAACACUGAAGAAACUUCAGGAGUUGGAUGUAACCCUGGACAUUCUUGCAGAGACUGGGAUAGGGAAAACGGUGAAUUCUUUCCGGAAGCACAGCGAGGCAGGGGAACUAGCGAGAACAUUAGUUCAGAGGUGGAAAAAAUUGGUUCCCAAGGAAUCUCCCAGCCUUGCCCGGGAAAACCAUUCCUUAGGAACACAGAAGUUGGAAACGGAGAGUCGUAAGAAAGAGGGGGUCAAAAAACCGUGCUCUUUAGACAACAAUCGUGAAACCAGUGACUCGGAGACUGGAUAUAAAAAAUCUCAUCGUAGCCACAAGCGGAGCGCUUCCAAACAGGAAUAUAAAGAUGAUUCGGAUAAAUCUUGUUCAAACAAAUCAGAAUCCAGAAAGAAGAACUUGUCUAAAAAAUCCAACCAGUCCAUGGAAAUGGGUAAUAAGGCCCAGAGUGACAAAUGCAUGUCUGAACCGGAAAAUAAAGGGUCCAUAUCUCAACGGAACAAGCGUGGUGGAACAAAAACUCCACUGCGGUGCAGACAGCCUGAAAAGGGUAAGCAGGCAUCAGUUGAGACCAAGAAGAGUGAAAAAGAGAGGUGUGAAUCCAGACUGCCUUGCAGCGAAGGAAACGAGGCAAACGGAGACCAAGAGAAACGAAAGGCCACCAAAAAGCACAAGAAAAUCCCUGACAAGGAAGAUCAGAGCGAUGAAGAGCUUGACGCACCGAAAAUAUCUUUCGAGUCCUGCCUGAACUAUGAUCUGAAGGUGCCGAAGAGGAAAAAGAAACCCUGUGACGAUAAGAAAAUAAAGAAGCCCAGAAAUGAUCCUGAAAAAAGGACACCUUCUGUCAAGGUGGCUGAUGCUGUGAAUAAAUCCAUGUUGGACCAACCACCUAAGAAGGCUUCCAGUGGAUCAGUAAUGGACCUUCUUAAAAUCCCUUUGCCAACUGUUCUGCCGGAUUGUGAAGACCUGUCCAGUUAUUCAUAUUUUGACAAGAAAGCCGAAGUUGAAGCACCAGAGAUUUGUGAAGAUGCUCCAAUCUUCACUGGACAGAGGCUAAACAAGAAGAUGCAGGUUUACUCGGGUUCUAAGACCGCUUUCCUCCCGACCAUGAUGACGUUGUACCAACAGUGCAUUCGUACUCUCCAGAACAACAUUGACUUACUCCAUGAGAUCGGAGGAGUACCGUUUGAAAUUCUAGAGCCGGUACUGGAGCGUUGUACGCCUGAACAGCUGCUCCGUAUCGAAGACUGUAACCCGGCCUACAUUGGCCUGACCGAUCACCUGUGGGAGAGGCACUGCCAGAGAGACUUCCGCAAUGAGAAGCUGGAGGAGUAUGAGUCGUGGAGGGAGAUGUACCUCAGGCUGUUUGAGGAGCGGGAAAGGAAGUUGAGAAGGCUAACAAAAAGCAUUGUGUCUGCACAUUCUGGGAAGCCCAAAGGUCGACAGGUGAAGCUGGCGUACAUUAAUUCCGUGGCCAAGCCGCCCAGGAAUGUGCGAAUACAGCAGGAAAUCCACGGCACGGCGGGGCCCCUUCCCCUGCCUUACGCGUACGACAAGACCAGUGCCAAGGCUUCGGAGGGCAGAUCACGGGUUGGCUACGGUGAGCCUGCCAGGCCCUGCGGUGCCAACGCCAGCUCCUCCCAGGGCCAAGACCUCAGGAAAGUCAGACGAGUUGCACCCAUGAUGGCCAAAUCCCUGAAGGCCUUCAAGAAGCAGCUGGGUCGCAGAUGAACACAAAUGGGAAACGGACACUUGUAAAUGGUUAUUUGGAUGAAGAUGUUGCCAAUUUAUCGAACCUUCGGUGUCCCUCCCUUUCGUUAGAAGACCUCGGCCAUGUCAGUUUGAGCUCUUUAGAACUUUUCAGCUCUCAGAAUUCCCGUGAGUUGCUUGAGGUUCCUAAAAUGUUCUUUGUACUCAUGUUGCGAAAGUCGCGUCAGUCGGAAGAAGGUGCCCCGGGCGAAUUUGACAGUGAAGUAGUGCAGCACAAACCUUGGUUUCUGUUUUCCUGUUGUAAUCUAGUGUUCACUUGUAAUAAAAUAAUUU